AUGAUCGCCGCCGCCUUCCUCGUGCUGCUGAGACCCUACAGCAUCCAGUGCGCCCUCUUCCUCCUGCUGCUUCUGCUGGGCACCAUCGCCACCAUCGUCUUCUGCUGCUGCUGGCACCGCAGGCUCCAGAAAGGGAGGCAUCCGAUGAGAUCGGUCUUCUCGGGGCGCUCGAGGAGCCGGGAUGCUGUUCUGAGAUCUCACCACUUUCGUUCUGAGGGAUUCAGAGCCAGCCCUCGGCAUCUCAGAAGACGAAUUGCUGCGGCCGCGGCUGCCCGCCUGGAAGAGGUGAAGCCUGCGGUGGAGGAGCACCGUCAGAGUGAGCAGGAAGCUUCCGCGAGGAAGCGGAGGAUCAAGAAAAGCAGCCGUGUCCAGCCGGAGUUUUAUCACUCUGUACAAGGAGCUUCGACCAGGAGGCCUAGUUCUGGGAACGCAUCCUAUCGCUGCUCUAUGUCUUCCUCUGCGGAUUUUUCUGACGAGGAUGAUUUCAGCCAGAAAUCUGGCUCAGCAUCUCCAGCCCCUGGAGACACCUUACCCUGGAAUUUGCCUAAACAUGAGCGAUCCAAAAGAAAGAUUCAAGGGGGCUCUGUGCUGGACCCUGCCGAGAGGGCGGUGCUCAGGAUAGCAGAUGAACGGGACAAAGUUCAAAAGAAAACAUUUACAAAAUGGAUAAAUCAGCAUCUCAUGAAGGUCCGAAAACAUGUGAAUGAUCUCUAUGAAGACUUACGGGAUGGACACAACUUGAUCUCUCUCUUAGAGGUUCUUUCAGGAGAUACCUUGCCCAGAGAGAAAGGUCGGAUGCGUUUUCACAGACUACAGAAUGUACAAAUUGCACUGGACUAUUUGAAAAGGCGCCAGGUGAAAUUAGUGAAUAUUAGAAAUGAUGACAUAACAGAUGGAAAUCCCAAGUUAACUUUGGGACUAAUAUGGACGAUAAUUUUGCACUUUCAGAUAUCUGACAUCCAUGUCACUGGAGAGUCAGAAGAUAUGUCUGCGAAAGAGAGGCUGCUGCUGUGGACGCAGCAGGCAACUGAGGGCUACGCUGGAGUGCGGUGUGAGAACUUCACUACCUGCUGGAGAGACGGAAAACUAUUUAAUGCCAUCAUCCAUAAAUACAGGCCGGACCUGAUAGACAUGAAUACUGUUGCUGUUCAAAGCAACCUUGCAAAUUUAGAGCAUGCUUUUUAUGUAGCAGAAAAAAUUGGUGUUAUAAGACUUCUGGACCCUGAAGAUGUCGAUGUCUCUUCCCCUGAUGAAAAAUCAGUUAUAACUUACGUGUCAUCUCUCUAUGACGCAUUUCCCAAAGUCCCUGAGGGUGGCGAAGGCAUCGGCGCAAAUGAUGUUGAAGUCAAAUGGAUUGAAUACCAGAAUAUGGUGAACUACCUCAUCCAGUGGAUUAGACAUCAUGUGACUACAAUGUCUGAGAGAACAUUUCCAAAUAAUCCUGUAGAACUAAAGGCACUUUAUAAUCAGUAUUUACAGUUUAAAGAAACAGAAAUCCCACCAAAGGAGACAGAAAAAUCAAAAAUUAAACGCCUCUAUAAGCUCCUAGAGAUUUGGAUAGAAUUUGGACGCAUCAAACUGCUUCAAGGUUAUCAUCCAAAUGACCUCGAGAAGGAGUGGGGGAAGCUCAUUGUGGCCAUGCUGGAGCGGGAGAAGGCGCUGCGUCCUGAGGUGGAGAGGUUGGAAAUGCUACAGCAGAUUGCCAGCCGCGUCCAGAGGGACAGCGUUGUCUGUGAGGACAAACUGAUGCUCGCCCGAAAUGCUCUCCAGUCUGAUUCCAAAAGAUUGGAAUCAGGGGUGCAAUUUCAGAAUGAAGCAGAAAUUGCCGGGUACAUACUUGAAUGUGAGAACCUUUUACGCCAGCAUGUCAUUGAUGUACAGAUUCUUAUCGAUGGAAAAUACUACCAGGCUGAUCAGCUGGUGCAGAGGGUUGCAAAACUGCGUGAUGAGAUUAUGGCCUUAAGGAAUGAGUGUUCUUCAGUGUACAGCAAAGGACGCAUGCUGACGGCAGAGCAGACGAAGCUCAUGAUAUCAGGAAUUUCUCAAAGUUUGAACUCAGGGUUUGCACAGACUUAUAACCCCACUCUGAACUCAGGGCUGACCCAGGGUUUAACACCUUCCCUGACCUCUUCUAGUGUGACCUCUGGCCUGUCAUCAGGACUGACUUCCCGCCUGACGCCUUCUGUCACUCCAGCUUAUACACCUGGCUUCCCAUCAGGAUUUAUUCCAAACUUCAGUCCAGGGUUAGAGCCAAAUUCUUUGCAGUCUCUGAAAUUGAUGCAGAUCCGGAAACCUCUUUUAAAAUCAUCUUUGCUGGAUCAGAAUUUAACAGAAGAGGAGGUCAACAUGAAAUUUGUUCAGGAUCUUUUGAAUUGGGUUGAUGAGAUGCAGGUGCAGCUCGAUCACACUGAAUGGGGCUCAGAUUUACCAAGUGUUGAAAGCCAUUUAGAAAAUCAUAAAAAUGUUCACCGAGCUAUAGAAGAAUUUGAAUCUAGCCUUAAAGAAGCUAAAAUCAGUGAGAUUCAAAUGACAGCACCUCUUAAGCUAACUUAUGCAGAAAAGCUGCACAGGUUAGAGAGCCAAUAUGCAAAACUCUUGAAUACAUCCAGGAAUCAGGAACGGCACCUUGACACACUGCACAAUUUUGUAACGCGUGCAACUAAUGAACUUAUUUGGUUGAAUGAAAAGGAAGAGGAGGAAGUUGCUUAUGACUGGAGUGAGAGAAAUACUCACAUAGCCCGGAAGAAAGAUUACCACGCUGAGUUAAUGAGAGAACUGGAACAAAAGGAAGAAAAUAUUAAAUCAGUUCAGGAGAUAGCGGAGCAGCUUCUUCUAGAAAAUCACCCAGCCCGUUUAACUAUUGAGGCCUACAAAGCAGCAAUGCAGACUCAGUGGAGCUGGGUCCUACAGCUCUGCCAGUGUGUGGAGCAGCACAUAAAAGAGAACACCGCAUAUUUGGAGUUUUUCAGUGAUGCCAAAGAAGCUACUGAUUACCUAAAGAAUCUCAAAGAUGCCAUUCAGCGGAAGUACAGUUGUGACAGAUCAAGCAGCAUUCACAAGCUGGAAGACCUUGUUCAGGAAUCAAUGGAGGAGAAGGAAGAGCUUCUGCAGUACAAAAGCACAGUCGCAAGCCUGAUGGGGAGAGCAAAAACCAUAAUUCAGCUCAAGCCGCGGAACCCUGACUGCCCACUCAAAACCUCUGUCCCCAUCACGGCUAUCUGUGACUACAGACAAAUUGAGAUAACCAUUUACAAAGACGACGAAUGUGUUUUGGCAAAUAACUCUCACCGUGCUAAGUGGAAGGUCAUCAGUCCUACUGGGAAUGAGGCGAUGGUUCCGUCUGUGUGCUUCACUGUUCCUCCCCCAAACAAAGAGGCAGUUGACUUUGCAAAUAGAAUUGAGCAACAGUAUCAGAAUGUCCUCAGUCUUUGGCAUGAAUCUCACAUAAACAUGAAGAGUGUAGUGUCCUGGCAUUAUCUCAUCAAUGAAAUUGAUGGAGUUCGAGCUAGCAACGUGGCUUCUAUAAAGACAAUGUUGCCUGGUGAACACCAGCAAGUUCUGAGUAAUCUACAGUCACGAUUUGAAGAUUUUCUGGAAGAUAGCCAGGAAUCCCAAAUAUUUUCAGGCUCAGAUAUAACUCAACUGGAAAAAGAAGUUAAUGUAUGUAAGCAGUAUUAUCAAGAACUUCUUAAAUCUGCAGAAAGAGAGGAGCAAGAGGAAUCAGUUUACAAUCUGUACAUUUCUGAAGUUAGAAACAUUAGACUUCGGUUAGAGAACUGUGAAGAUCGGUUGAUUAGACAGAUCCGAACUCCCCUGGAAAGAGACGAUUUGCAUGAAAGUGUGUUCAGAAUCGCAGAGCAGGAGAAACUAAAGAAAGAGCUAGAAAGACUUAAAGAUGAUUUGGGAUCAAUCACAAAUAAGUGCGAAGAAUUCUUCAGUCAGGCUGCCGCUUCUCUGUCUGUGCCCACCUUGCGGUCUGAGCUCAGCGCGGUCAUUCAGAACAUGAACCAAGUCCGCUCCAUGUCUUCCACAUACACAGAGAAGUUGAAAACGGUCAAUUUAGUACUAAAAAACACUCAAGCUGCAGAAGCCCUUGUAAAACUGUAUGAAACCAAACUGUGUGAAGAAGAAGCACUUACAGCUGACAAGAAUAAUAUUGAAAACUUAAUAAGUACUUUAAAGCAAUGGCGGACUGAAGUAGAUGCAAAGAGACAAGUAUUCCAUGCACUGGAGGAUGAGUUGCAGAAAGCAAAAGCCAUCAGUGAUGAAAUGUUUAAGACGUAUAAAGAACGGGACCUUGACUUUGACUGGCACAAAGAAAAAGCAGAUCAGUUAGUCGAAAGGUGGCAAAAUGUUCAUGUGCAGAUUGACAACAGGUUACGAGACUUAGAGGGCAUUGGGAAAUCCCUGAAGUACUACAGAGAUACCUGUCAUCCUUUAGAUGAUUGGAUCCAGCAGGUUGAAACCACUCAGAGAAAGAUUCAGGAGAAUCAGCCUGAAAACAGCAAGACCUUAGCCACACAGCUGAAUCAGCAGAAGAUGCUGGUGUCUGAAAUAGAAAUGAAACAGAACAAAAUGGAUGAAUGUCAAAAAUAUGCAGAACAGUACUCAGCUUCAGUAAAGGACUAUGAACUACAAACGAUGACCUACCGAGCCAUGGUAGAUUCACAGCAGAAAUCUCCAGUGAAGCGCCGGAGAAUGCAGAGCUCAGCAGAUGUCAUUAUUCAAGAGUUUAUGGACCUUCGGACACGAUACACUGCUCUGGUCACACUGAUGACACAGUACAUUAAAUUUGCUGGUGAUUCAUUAAAAAGACUGGAAGAGGAGGAGAAAUCACUGGAAGAAGAAAAGAAAGAGCAUAUUGAAAAAGCCAAAGAAUUGCAGAAAUGGGUAUCAAAUAUCAGCAAGACAUUGAGAGAUGGCGAGAAGGCUGGAAAAUCUUCCUUCUCUAAGCAAAAGAUUUCCAGUGAGGAAUUAUCAACCAAGAAGGAACAGUUAUCUGAAGCACUUCAGAACAUGCAGCUGUUUUUGGCUAAACAUGGAGACAAAAUGACAGAUGAAGAAAGAAACGAAUUAGAAAAACAAGUGAAAACUCUUCAAGAAGGAUAUAAUUUAUUAUUUAGUGAAUGUCUAAAACAACUGGAAGAAUCACAAACCUCAGGAGAUAUAAAUAUAGAGGAGAAGCUGGAUAAAGUGAUUGCAGGCACCAUUGAUCAGACAACUGGAGAAGUCCUUUCAGUCUUUCAGGCAGUUUUAAGAGGCCUCAUUGAUUAUGACACAGGAAUCAGGUUACUUGAGACACAGCUGCUGAUUUCUGGUCUCAUUUCACCAGAAUUAAGAAAGUGUUUUGACCUCAAAGAUGCCAAAAGUCAUGGCCUUAUUGAUGAACAAAUUCUAUGCCAACUCAAAGAACUAAAUAAAGCUAAGGAGAUUAUUUCUGCUUCAUCAUCUACCAAAAUACCUAUACUAGAUGCUUUGGCUCAAGGCAUGGUAUCAGAGUCUAUGGCUGUUAAAGUUCUUGAGAUCCUGUUUUCUACUGGAUUUCUAGUUAUCCCAGCCACUGGAGAACACUUGACCUUGCAGAAGGCUUUCCAGAAGAACUUGGUUUCCUCAGCAUUGUUUUCUAAAGUCCUGGAAAGGCAAAAUACGUGCAAAGAUCUUAUUGACCCCUGCACCUCUGAGAAGGUGUCUUUAUCAGAUAUGGUACAAAGAAGUAUUUUACAAGAAAAUACUGGAAUGUGGCUUCUACCUGUGAGACCACAGGAAGGGGGCCGGAUAACGUUAAAAUGUGGAAGAAGCAUAAGCAUUCUAAGAGCAGCUCAUGAAGGUCUCAUAGACCGUGAGACCAUGUUUCGGUUGUUAGGUGCCCAGCUUCUGUCUGGUGGUCUGAUCGAGAGCACCUCUGGUCAGAAGCUGACUGUUGAAGAAGCCUUGGCAGAGGGGGUGAUCGACGGAAAUACUGCCCAUGGUAUUCUCACCUAUCAGGUUCAGACAGGUGGGAUCAUCUGCUCCAACCCUGCUAAACGCCUGACUGUGGAUGAAGCAGUCCAGUGUGAUCUGAUCACUUCCAGCAGUGCUCUUUUGGUCCUGGAGGCUCAGCGAGGCUAUGUUGGCCUCAUCUGGCCCCACUCUGGUGAAAUAUUCCCUACAUCUUCUUCUUUGCAGCAAGAGUUGAUUACAAAUGAAUUGGCAUAUAAAAUUCUGAAUGGCAGGCAGAAAAUAGCUGCUCUCUAUAUUCCAGAAAGUUCUCAAGUCAUUGAUUUGGAUGUCGCUAAGCAGCUAGGAAUUAUAGACAACAACACAGCAUCGAUUUUAAAAAAUAUAGCACUGCCAGAUAAAAUGCCAGAUUUAGGAGAUUUAGAAGCUUGUAAGAAUGCCAGAAGAUGGCUCUCUUUUUGUAAAUUCCAGCCAUCAACAGUUCAUGAUUAUAGACAAGAAGAGGAUGGUUUUGAAGGAGAAGAACCAGGGGCAAUUCAGAGCUCAGAACAGACUAAGAAAUUAUUCUUAUCUUACUUGAUGGUCAACAGUUACAUGGAUGCGAACACAGGGCAGAGGCUUUUGAUGUAUGAUGGAGACUUGCAGGAGGCUGUCGGCAUGCUCCUGGAUGGCUGUGGUGCUGAGUUUGGUGAGGAUGCAGCCAUGAGAGACAGUCUGGAUGUUGUAGGUGUCCCUGGUCUAUUUCUUAAUAGUGCUGCCAGUAAGGGAAAGGAUGGAUGUGUGGCUUCACUGACUAGUUCUGAUAAAUGUCACUGCAGAGAACCUGGCCAUAGAGAGAUUCCUGAAAAUUGCAAGAGUGCCAUAGAUGAAGAGUUUGAUGAAAUGGGAAAUAAUGCUAUCCGUAGUGAACUUUGUCAGUCAGAAAACAUGAUAGCAACUGAUCAGGAAGUUAACACUUCGCUCAGCCUGUGCGUUCCCAAUCCUGUGUCAUAUGUAAAACAGACUCAACCUACAGAGGCUAGCACACUUAGACAUGACUCUGAAAACAUACUUAAAAGCUGUGAAAAUCAAAGCCAGUUUGAAACAAACAAACAUGCAGAUGAAUGUAGUCAUUCUAAAAACAUUCAAAACUUUGCAAAUGAUUUGAUAGCAAGUCCUGUUGUGAAAUCAAAAACUGACAGGCUCUAUGAUGUGAGUGAAACAAAGACUAAGGAUGACAUAAACCAGGAUUCAUCCAGCUUUGUCUACUCCUCCAGGCUAAGUGCCUUACUAAGUCAUGAUAAAUUGAGGCAUAGUCAGAAAGGUUUUUGUGAUGUACACUCCCCAGAGAGCAAUGGGAAUCACUGUGAAGCCUCCUCACUGUCAGUAGGUGACCAAAGCACAUUGCCAGAUCAAAGAACAGGAGAAAGUUUCCAAGACCAGUUUCUUGGAAUUGCAGCUAUUAACAUCACUUUACAAGGAGAAUGCAGGGAGCAAACGCCUUUUAACAUUGCUUGUAGUCAUCCUCAAGUACAAUAUCCCAGUGAUGAAUACAUGUCACAUACUUUGUCUGAGAAUGAAGAAGUGUGUACUGCUUCUCAGCAGACACCUACAGGAAAGCAAAGUGAAUCUGAAGUGGAAGAGUCCUCCUGUGCCAUGGCCCAGGAGCACAGUACCGCCAGCGAAAGUGCAUUUCCUAUCUGUGGUGCCCCUGUGCUUGAGGAGACCAUCAGUGCUGGUGACUAUGAGACGUCACUGCUGGAUGAUCAGCAGAGUGGCACAGGAACGGACACCGAUAGUGAUGAUGAUUUUUAUGAUACCCCCUUGUUUGAAGAUGAUGACCAUGAUUCUCUGCUUCUCGAAGGUGAUAACCAGGAUUGUCUGCGGCCUGAGGACUAUGACAUACUGCAAGAGGAAGAUGAUGGGAUGGUUUCUCCUGUUGAUGUUUUCUAUGAUAUUUCCAAAGAGAAUGAAAGUUCUGAGGUUCCCCAGGGAGGAUUAGUUGGCAGCUUAAGUGUGAGAGGCGAAGCACAGUGUCUUCAAGGUUUUCCUCUGGGUAAUGAGAAAGCUGAAUUAGAUACUAGUAACAGGAAACAUUUAAGUUCAGUUGGCUCAGACAAGGUGAUUGAGUGGUCAGUGGAAACUUCAUCAGAAAGGGAACACACAAAUGACCUUGAGGGUGGUGAGUCUGACUCACUGACUGAUUGUGAAAUGAUAGGCAGGAAAGGGAGCUAUGGUGAUUCAUUAGAAUUUGGUGACAGUGGCAGUUGGAGAAGAAAAGAAUAUGUAACUGGCCAGACCGAUACUAACUAUUUUGAUUCUACGCAAAGUGAAGAAAGCUGUGGGGAUUAUCUGUGUGACAGUAAUGAUGAGGAUGAUGAUGUCGAUAUUGGUGAUGAUGGAGGGGAAGGAGUGGGAGAUGAGAAUGGAAAGUCUGAAGAUAACCAGUUGUGUGCCAUGGCUGAAAAGGAAAAUAGCGAUGAAAAUCAAUGUAUUAAAAUGCUUCUCCUGGAUAAAAUGCAUGAUUAUAGUUCUCUAGGAACACAGCAAAGUGUAAGUGUUUUACAGUUAGAAUCAACUAGUAAGAGCAGCUUAGUUAGUGAAAGAAACAGUCUUCAGGAACGCACAACUGGGGUUGCUGGAAAAAGCAGAGAAAAUGUGCUGAGUCAUGAGGUAGCGCUUACGGAUACAUUGCUGCCUAACACGGGGGACACUGAGUCAGGAACACUCUUUGGUCCUUCAGGUGUUUUACAGAAUAGUGUCAGUUCAGCUUCUGAAUUAGAGGUUGAUCUAAUGAAUACAAAGAUGAUUCAAGGACCAGAAUCUGUCUGUCUUGAGAGUGUAACAGCCAAAAUCAACCCAUCUGUUGAUGAAAUCCUUGGUUCCCAGCCCGAAUUAGUAGGAAAACCUACAGAAAGCCAGCUGUUACUCACAGCCUGUGUAACUGCCAGAGAUCGCCAGGGAAAUGGGAGAAGCCAAGUGAAAGGGAAAGGUGACAAAAGCAGUACACUGAUGGAGGGUGCUGUGCCUGCCCAGAAAAUGCACUUAGGUAAAGAAGUGCUUACAGAAGAUCCAGAAGAAGAAGAUAAAGAUCUCAAGUGUUCACGUAAUAAAAGCACAAGGGAGAGCCUCAAUUUAGUUGAAAGUCAGUAUCCAUUUCCUGAGAUCACAAACAGUGAAGAUGGUGAUCAGAGAGGAACCCCUGAGAAGGUGACUGGAACUCUUAAAGAGGAACCAAAAAAUGUAGCAACAGUGGUUCGUAAAAGUCCUGUUCAAUUUGAGGAUCUUGAAGAAAUAUUUCAGACAUCAGUUUCCAAAGUGAUCAAUGAUGACAUUACUUCAGAUGUUGUUGGAGGGAAUGCCACUGCUGAGAAAGAUUCAUUCACCGAUGGACCUGGGAAAGAGCUUGAUCUGCUUACUUUCUUAAAGCAUAGUGCUGAAAAUAUAAAGGCAAAAGAUGUGCUGAAACCAAAGGAAGAUAGCCCCAGCCAUAUUUUAAUAGCUGAUUCACCCAUGAGAGAAGAUUUACAAUCAGGGAUUAAUAGUGCAAAAGAGAAUUUGAUUCCUACACAAGAAGACUGGCCUCCAAGUGAGAUGCUGCAGCAGAGUGAUCUUAUUACUGAAAAAAGUGUCUCAGAAGAAGGAAUAGAAGUUCCUCAGUUCACACCAGAAAAUAAUGAAGUCAUACUUCCAGGCUUGACCAUUAAAGAUACAGAAGACAUUGGGGAAAGUACUGAUCAUAUGAAGUCAGAGGUCUGUAUAAAUGAAAUAAGGAAUGAUAACCCCACUAAUACUUUAGAUACUGACUACUCAUUCUUAAAAAUUGACAAUAAGAAAGAGGGAAUUGAGAAACAGCCACCAAAAGAACACACUUUGUCUCCAAAACAUCAUGAAAAGGUGGGACAGGUGGCAGAACUAUCUCAGGUAUUUAUGGAGGAUGUAAAAGAUAUCUUAAAAAGCAAAUUGAAAAGUAAUAUGAAUCCUCAAGAAGUGGAUGACCCUUCAGCUUGUGCAGACCCUGAAACUUUCAUUCAAAACUUAACUAAAAGGAUUAGCUCAUCACAGUUGGUACAUGAAGCAUCUAAUGUGCCCAUCCACUCUAAAAUCAGUGACUGCCCUGGAGUUUUCCCCAUGAAUAACUUAGAACUGAAGGCAGAGAGUAGAGAUGAUCCUUUCUGUAUUGCAAAUGUUAAUUCUGAGCAUCUCCUUGAUAUACUGAAGCAAAAUCCAUGUAGCCCAAAAAUUACAGGACUGUUUGAAUUGAUGAGAGAGUUAACUCGGAUGGAAUGUGAUCUAGAGCAAAGAGGUAUUUCAUCUAAAGUACUUCCAAUGCAGCUUGAAAAUGCUUUCUAUAAGCUGCUUGCUGAUAGAUAUUCAGAAAACGAAGAACAAGUUAGAGACUCGAGUCAAAAAGUAUGUGCCACUUCUGAGAUAGUGGAUGAAAAGCCACAUGUUUUUGGUGGUCUUAAAAGCAAAGAAGGAAACCACUGUUCCCCUGAUUUACAAACCAUAAAAGAAAUGCAACUGGAAAGCUCGGUUGUGUGUGCAUCGGCAUUGCCAAGAGAUGAGAGGUUUGAAGACCUACGCAGUGAUUUCCCAAACCAUGUGGGAUGCAUUGCUGGAUCAAAAGAAAUAAUUUCUGGAGAUAACGCAAUGGAAAAAUUUUCCAGUGAAUUGCAGCAGUGUUCAUGGCACACUGAAAAAAUGCAGGAGUAUUUAGCUUUCCUUCAAGAUAUGAAGCUUCCUUUAGAUAACCAGGAAUCUGUGGAUAGCAAUCUAGAAGCUUUAAAAAAUCAACUUAAACAAUUAGAGACAUUCAAGUUGAGACUGUCUCCAGUUGCUGUGAUUUUAAGAAAGGAUAUGAAAUUGGCAGAAGACUUCUCAAAGUCUCUUCCCAGUGAUUUUCCUAGAAGGUAUCUUGAAGAAUUAAAUUUGAGCCACCAGAGUUUGCAGACUGCCUUCUCUUCCCUGAGCAACAUGUCUUCAGAAAGAAUGAAACAGAUCAUGCUUGCAAUUGACUCUGAAAUGUCCAAACUAGAAGUUUCCUAUGAAGAAUUUCUGCAUAAACUUAAGUCAUUCUCAGAAUUGAUAUCAGAGAGGAGCAGAUCUGUGAAGGAUCUUAAGACCAUGAAAGCUGAAGAUACUGAAAAUGUAAAGAAAAAUUUGGAGUUUCUUAAGACUGUGUUACAAGACCUGGGGCAUACCAGAAUGCAGCUGGAGACUACUGCCUUCGAUGUUCAGUUCUUCAUUUCUGAAUAUGCACAAGAUCUGUCUCCCAACCAAAGUAGACAACUGCUACGGCUCUUAAAUGCAACUCAGAAGUGUUUUCUUGAUGUGCAGGAAUCAGUAACUAUGCAGGUGGAACGUUUAGAGAUACAGUUACAGCUAGAACGAGAUCUUGAUGAUCAGAAGACUGUGGCAGAGCGUCAGCAUGAGUACAAAGAGAAACUCCAAGGGAUAUGUGAUCUUCUCACCCAAACUGAAAACCGCCUCAUCGGUCACCAAGAAGCCUUUGUGAUUGGAGAUGGCACGGUUGAGUUAAAGAAGUACAAGUCUGAGCAAGAGGAAUUACAAAAAGAUAUGCAAAGAAGUGCACAAGCAUUGGCAGAAAUAGUCAAAAACACAGAGAACUUCUUAAAAGAGAAUGGUGAAAAGCUGUCACAAGAUGAUAAGGCUUUGAUUGAACAAAAACUUAGUGAAGCGAAGAUUAAGUGUGAGCAGCUUAAUUUGAAGGCAGAACAGUCGAAAAAGGAGCUGGAUAAAGUUGUGAAGACAGCAAUCAAGGAAGAAACGGAAAAGGUUGCAGCUGUGAAGCAGCUGGAAGAGAGCAAAACCAAGAUAGAGGACCUCCUGGACUGGUUGUCCGAUAUUGACAAUGACUCAGGAAGGGCAGGGACAGAACACAAACAGGUCAUUGAACAGAACGGGACCCACUUGGAUGAAGGCGAUGGCAGGUUGGUGAUUGGAGAAGAGGAUGACGUCAACGGUAACUUGCAGGCAGCUGAUGUGGAUGAGCAUGUUGGAAGUACCGAGGGGAAUCUGAACCAGCAAUACCAGAAGAUCAAGGCCCAGCACGAGAAGAUCAUCUCCCGGCACCAGGCAGUCAUCGUAGCCACGCAGUCUGCCCAAGCCUUGCUUGAGAAGCAGGGCCACUAUCUCUCUCCCGAGGAGAAGGAGAAACUGCAGAAGAACAUGAAGGAGCUGAAAGCACAGUAUGAAACCACGCUGGCCGCGUCAGAGAAGAAAAUGAAGUUAACACACUCCCUGCAAGAGGAAUUAGAAAAGUUUGAUGCGGAUUAUGGCGAGUUUGAGCACUGGCUGCAGCAGUCAGAGCAAGAACUUGAGAACCUGGCGGCAGGGGUGGAUGAUCUCAGUGGCUUGCUGACCACGCUGAGCAGGCAGAAGAGCUUCUCCGAGGACGUUAUUUCUCACAAAGGUGACUUGCGGUACAUCACUAUUUCUGGAAACAGGGUAUUAGAAGCCGCCAAAUCGUGCAGCAGGAGAGAGGGCAGCAAGGUUGACAAGGACGAUGUGGACACUUCCGCAACCCACAGAGAAGUCCAGAGCAAGCUUGAUCGUGCCACGGAUCGGUUUAGGUCUCUGUACUCCAAGUGUAAUGUUCUUGGAAAUAAUCUUAAAGACCUAGUGGAUAAAUACCAACACUACAAGGACGCGUCCUGUGGACUUCUGUCUGCGCUGCAGUCUUCGGAGACCCUGGCCAACAAACACUUACUUGAACCUAUUGCUGUGGACCCCCAGAAUCUGCAGAGGCAGUUAGAAGAGACCAAGGCUCUGCAAGGACAGAUAUCGAGCCAGCAGGUUGCUGUUGAGAAGCUGAAAAAAACAGCAGAAGUACUUUUAGAUGCCAGGGGGUCCUUACUUCCUGCCAAGGAUGAUAUCCAGAAAACACUGGAUGACAUUGUUGGGAGAUAUGAUGAUCUGUCCAAGUCUGUUAAUGAACGAAAUGAAAAACUGCAGAUAACCCUGACCCGCUCCCUGAGUGUGCAGGACGGCCUGGAUGAGAUGCUGGGCUGGAUGGGAGGUGUGGAGAGUUCUCUGAAGGAACAGGGUCAGGUGCCCUUAAACUCUGCUGCGCUUCAGGAUCUCAUCAGCAAAAACAUUAUGUUGGAACAGGAUAUCACCGGCCGUCAGAGCAGUAUAAAUGCCAUGAAUGAAAAAGUGAAGAAAUUUAUGGAAACAACAGACCCAUCCACUGCUUCCUCACUACAGGCUAAAAUGAAGGACCUGUCCAAGAGGUUUUCAGAAGCCAGUCAGAAACACAGAGAAAAACUUGCCAAGAUGGAGGAGCUGAAAACUAAAGUAGAACUGUUUGAAAGCCUCUCCGGAAAGCUCCAGACAUUUUUAGAAACAAAAUCUCAGGCCCUUACUGAGGUGGAUGUGCCAGGAAAAGAUGUUGCUGAAUUGUCUCAGUAUAUGCAGGAAUCAACUUCUGAAUUCUUAGAACACAAGAAAGAUCUUGAAGCUUUGCAUAAUCUCUUGACGGAGAUAUCCAGCCAUGGCUUGCCAGGUGAUAAGGCUCUGGUUUUUGAAAAAACAAAUAAUUUGUCUAAGAAAUUCAAAGAAAUGGAGGAUACCAUCAAAGAAAAAAAAGAAGCUGUAACGUCUUGUCAAGAACAACUGGAAGCUUUCCGAGUCCUUGUUAAAUCCCUAAAGUCAUGGAUAAAAGAAACAACAGAGCAGGUUCCCAUUUUACAGCCCUCGUUUGGUGCAGAAGAUCUAGGAAAAUCUCUGGAAGAAGCAAAGAAAUUACAAGAAAAGUGGAGUUUAAAAACACCAGAGAUUCAGAAAGUAAACAACAGUGGCGUCUCACUAUGUAACCUCAUAAGUGCGGUGACCACCCCUGCGAGGGCAGUUGCAGCCGUGAAAUCAGGUGGAGUAAUAUUAAAUGGUGAAGGAAUAGACACAAAUACACAGGAUUUUUUGACAAAUAAAGGUUUAACAUCUGUUCAAAAGGACAUGACUGACAUAAGUCAUGGUUAUGAAGAUCUUGGCCUCUUACUCAAGGACAAAAUAGCUGAAUUGAAUACUAAGCUCUUCAAAUUGCAGAAGGCUCAGGAAGAAUCAAGUUCGAUGAUGCAGUGGUUAGAGAAAAUGAACAAGACAGCGGCAAAAUGGCACCAGACCCCGGCACCUGCCGACUCUGAAGCUGUGAAGACUCAGUUUGAACAGAAUAAGUCAUUUGAGGCCGAACUGAAGCAAAAUGUAAACAAAGUGCAGGAGUUGAAGGACAAACUGACAGAGCUGUUGGAGGAAAAUCCAGAUAUUCCGGAGGCCCCCAAAUGGAAACAGAUAUUGACAGAAAUAGAUUCCAAGUGGCAAGAACUCAACCAAUUAACAGUUGAUAGACAACAAAAGCUGGAAGAAUCCUCCAAUAAUCUAACCCAAUUCCAGACUGUAGAAGCUCAGUUAAAACAGUGGCUUGUGGAAAAAGAACUGAUGGUUAGUGUGCUCGGGCCGUUGUCCAUCGACCCAAAUAUGCUGAACACCCAAAAGCAGCAGGUGCAGAUUCUGUUGCAAGAAUUUGACACUCGGAAACCUCAGUAUGAACAACUCAGGACAGCCGGCCAGGGCAUUCUGAGCAGGCCAGGAGAAGACCCUUCUCUGCAUGGGGUUGUAAAGGAGCAGCUGGCAGCUGUGACCCAGAAGUGGGAUGGCCUCACGGGACAGCUGAGUGACAGAUGUGACCGAAUUGACCAAGCCAUUGUCCAAAGCACACAGUAUCAGAGCCUGCUGAGAAGCCUCUCAGAGAAGCUGAGUGAGCUGGAGAGGAAGCUCAGCAGCAGCCUGGCUGCAAGCACCUGCGCCGACGCUGUAAACCAGCAGCUGGAAGCAGCCCAGAAGCUGAAGCAGGAAAUAGAACAGGAAACACCACAGAUCAAAGCGGCCCAGGUGCUCUGUGCGGACCUGUCAACACUGGUGAAAGAGGAAUACCUGAAAGCAGAACUCACUAGGCAACUGGACAGCAUCUUAAAAUCAUUUAAGGAAAUUGAGCAGAAAGCAGAAAAUCUUGUCCAGCACCUCCAAUCAGCAUGUGCAAGCUCUCAUCAAUUUCAGCAGAUGUCUAGAGAUUUUCAGGCUUGGCUGGAUACAAAGAAAGAAGAGCAAAAGAAGUCUCAUCCAGUAUCAGCCAAACUCAAAGUCUUAGAAUCAUUAAUUACAGAUCAAAAAGACUUUAGUCAGACUUUAGCUGCCCAGUCUAAUAUUUAUGAAAAAACCAUUGCAGAAGGUGAAAAUCUGCUACUGAAAACACAAGGUUCUGAGAAGGCAGCCGUUCAGCUGCAACUCACCACGAUUAAAAACAGUUGGGAUGGAUUUAAUAAGCAAGUGAAAGAAAGAGAAGACAAGUUAAAAGAUGCAUUUGAAAAAGCCCUCAAGUACAAAGAACAUGUGGAGACUCUCCGGCCAUGGAUAGACAAAUGUCAGAACAACCUGGAGGAAGUGAAGUUUUGUUUGGAUCCUGCUGAAACAGAGAAUUCUAUUUCCAAGUUGAAGUCUCUGCAGAAGGAAAUGGACCAGCACUUUGGUAUGGUAGAACUGCUGAACAACACAGCCAACAGCCUGCUCAGUGUCUGUGAGGUUGAUAAAGAGGUGGUUACAGAUGAGAAUAAAGCACUGAUCCAGAAGGUGGACUCGGUCACUGAACAACUUCACAGGAAGAAAUUCUCUCUGGAGAACACAGCCCAAAAGUUUAAAGAAUUUCAAGAAGUUUCUAAAGAGACCAACAGGCAGCUUCAGUGCGCAAAGGAACAGCUGGAUGUCCAUGAUUCCCUGGGGCCCCAGGCUUACAGUAACAAAUGCCUGACCAUGCUGCAGGCUCAGCAGAAAGCACUGCAGACCUUGAAGCACCAGGUAGAUUUGGCCAGAAGACUUGCUCAGGAUCUCGUGGUAGAAGCCUCAGACUCGAAGGGAACCUCUGAUGUUUUAUUACAAGCAGAAACCUUAGCUCAGGAGCACAGUGCGCUAAGUCAGCAGGUUGAUGAAAAAUGCUCAUUUUUAGAAACCAAGCUUCAGGGCAUCGGACAUUUCCAGAAUACCAUCCGAGAACUGUUUUCUCAGUUUGCAGAGUUUGACGAUGAACUGGACAGCAUGGCUCCAGUGGGGAGAGAUGUGGAAACAUUGCAAAUGCAAAAGGAGGCUAUAAAAGCCUUUAUGAAGAAACUAGGAGCCCUCAUAGCGAGCAACGACAAUGCCAAUAAAACCUGCAAGAUGAUGCUGGCCACAGAGGAGGCCUCUCCUGACCUUGUUGGAAUCAAGAGGGACUUGGAGGCCUUAAGCAAACAGUGCAACAAGUUACUAGACCGAGCACGCACAAGAGAAGAGCAGGUUGAAGGAAUGCAUGAGCGUCUUGAAGAAUUCUAUAGCAAAUUUAAAGAAUUUUCUACUCUGCUCCAAAAGGCUGAAGAACAUGAAGAGUCACAAGGUCCCGUCGGGAUGGAUAUAGAGACGAUUAAUCAGCAGCUUGCUGUAUUCAAGGUUUUCCAGAAGGAAGAGAUUGAACCCUUGCAGGUGAAACAGCAAGAUGUAAACUGGCUGGGUCAAGGGCUUAUUCAGAGUGCUGCUAAAAACACCAGCACUCAAGGCUUGGAGCAUGACCUGGAAGAUGUUAGUGCACGGUGGAAAACUCUCAAUAAGAAGGUGGCUCAGCGAGCAGCCCAGAUGCAGGAGGCCCUGCUGCGCUGCGGCAGGUUCCAGGAUGCCUUGGAGUCCCUGCUCAGCUGGAUGGUGGACACCGAGGAGCUUGUGGCCAAUCAGAAGCCCCCGUCAGCCGAGUUCAAAGUGGUGAAGGCCCAGAUGCAGGAGCAGAAGCUUCUGCAAAGAUUGCUGGAUGACCGCAAAUCUACUGUGGAGGUAAUCAAACGAGAAGGAGAAAAAAUCGCUGCAACAGCAGAAACUGCGGAUAAAGUGAAGAUCUUGAAGCAGCUGAGUCUCCUGGAUAGUAGAUGGGAGACGUUGCUCGAUAAAGUAGAGACAAGGAAUCGUCAGUUGGAAGGUAUCUCUGUUGUAGCGCAGCAAUUUCAUGAAACCUUGGAACCACUGAAUGAGUGGCUCACCACCGUAGAAAAAAGGCUGGCGAGUUGUGAUCCCAUCGGAACUCAGGCGUCUAAACUUGAGGGACAGAUUGCUCAGCACAAAGCCUUAGAAGAUGACAUCAUCAGUCACAGUAAACAUUUACACCAGGCUGUUAGCAUUGGCCAGUCCUUAAAGGUUUUGAGCUCCAGGGAGGAUAAAGAUAUGGUGCAGAAUAAAUUAAACCGCUCUCAAGUGUGGUACAUUGAGAUUCAAGAGAAAAGCCUCAGCAGGUCUGAGCUCCUCCGGCAGGCCCUGUGUAACACUAAGAUUUUUGGGGAAGAUGAAGUUGAGCUGAUGACCUGGCUGAACGAAAUGCAUGACAUACUGAGCAAGCUCUCAGUCCAGGACUGCAGCCCCGAGGGGCUCUGGAAGCAGCAGGCUGAACUGCGGGUUCUCCAAGAGGACAUCUUGCUCAGGAAACAAAAUGUAGAUCAGGCAUUACUCAAUGGCUUAGAACUUCUUAAACACACCACAGGUGAUGAAGUUGUAAUAAUUCAAGAUAAAUUGGAAGCCAUUAAAGCAAGGUACAGAGACAUUACCAAACUGAGUACCGAUGUCGCCACGACUCUGGAGCAGGUGCUGGAGCUCUCCAGGCGGCUGCACUCCACGCACCAGGAGCUGUGCACCUGGCUGGACAAAGUGGAGGUGGAAUUACUCUCCUACGAGACUCAGGCUCUGAAGGGAGAAGCAGCAAACCAAGUCCACACAAGACAAAAAGAGCUGAAAAAGGAAGCUAAGAACAACAAAGCCUUACUGGAUUCCCUUAAUGAAGUGAGCAGUGCUUUGCUGGAACUGGUACCAUGGAGGGCCAGAGAGGGCCUGGGGAAGAUGGUGGCUGAGGACAAUGAGCGCUACCGAUCAGUGAGCGACACCAUCACUCAGAAGGUGGAGGAGAUGGACGCCGCCAUUCUGCGGUCGCAGCAGUUUGACCAAGCUGCUGAUGCUGAGUUAUCCUGGAUUACUGAAACAGAAAAGAAAUUGAUGUCUCUGGGUGACAUCAGGCUUGAGCAAGACCAGACUUCUGCUCAGCUGCAGGUUCAAAAGACAUUCACCAUGGAGAUUUUGAGACACAAGGAUAUUAUUGAUGAACUUGUUAAAUCUGGGGAUAAAAUCAUGGCCACAUCCAGUGAAGAGGAAAAGCAGUCAAUGAAGAACAAACUGGACAAGGUAUUGAAAAACUAUGAUGCCAUCUGCCAGAUAAACUCAGAGAGAUAUCUGCAGCUAGAGCGGGCCCAGUCCCUCAUUAAUCAGUUCUGGGAGACCUAUGAAGAACUCUGGCCAUGGCUGACCGAAACACAGCAAAUCAUCUCUCAGCUUCCUGCUCCAGCCCUGGAGUAUGAAACUUUAAGACAGCAGCAGGAAGAACAUCGGCAACUGCGAGAGUUGAUUGCUGAACACAAGCCACACAUAGAUAAGAUGAACAAGACUGGGCCACAGUUACUGGAAUUGAGCCCAGGGGAAGGCUUUUCCAUUCAAGAGAAGUAUGUGGCAGCUGACACGCUUUAUAGUCAAAUUAAAGAAGAUGUCAAAAAGCGUGCUGUGGCACUGGAUGAAGCCAUGGCUCAGUCAACUCAGUUCCAUGAUAAGAUUGACCAGAUCCGUGAGAGCCUGGAGCGCGUGGUGGAGCGUCUGAGGCAGCCGCCAUCCAUCUCUGCUGAGGUUGAGAAGAUCAAGGAGCAGAUCAGUGAAAAUAAGAACAUAUCAGUAGACAUGGAAAAGCUACAGCCAUUGUAUGAAACUCUUAAACUGAGGGGAGAGGAAAUGAUUGCUAGAUCUGGGGGUACUGAUAAAGACAUAUCUGCCAAAGCUGUUCGGAAUAAGCUUGACCAAAUGGUUUUCAUUUGGGAGAACAUACACACGCUGGUGGAAGAAAGGGAAGCCAAACUACUGGAUGUAAUGGAACUAGCAGAAAAGUUCUGGUGUGACCACAUGGCUCUGGUGGUUACCACUAAAGAUACUCAGGAUCUCAUUCGGGACCUAGAAGAUCCUGGGAUUGAUCCCUCAGUAGUAAAAGAGCAGCAAGAAGCAGCAGAGGCCAUACGGGAAGAGAUCGAUGGGCUUCAAGAAGAGCUGGACAUGGUCGUUAACCUGGGUUCAGAGCUCAUUGCUGCGUGUGGGGAACCAGAUAAACCCAUUGUCAAGAAGAGCAUCGAUGAGUUAAAUUCAGCGUGGGAUUCUCUAAACAAAGCUUGGAAAGAUCGAAUUGACCGCCUGGAGGAGGCCAUGCAGACCGCUGUUCAGUACCAGGAUGGGCUGCAGGCAGUAUUCGACUGGGUGGACAUUGCAGGUGGUAAAUUAGCGUCCAUGUCUCCAAUUGGAACAGAUCUUGAAACUGUCAAGCAGCAGAUUGAAGAGCUGAAGCAAUUUAAGUCGGAGGCUUAUCAGCAACAGAUAGAAAUGGAAAGACUGAACCAUCAAGCAGAACUUUUGCUGAAGAAAGUAAAAGAGGAAAGUGACAAACACACUGUUCAAGACCCGUUAAUGGAACUGAAACUCAUAUGGGAUAGCCUGGAUGAGAGAAUUAUCAACCGGCAGCACAAGUUGGAGGGUGCUCUGCUGGCCCUGGGUCAGUUUCAGCAUGCUUUGGACGAGCUCUUGGCGUGGCUGACACACACUGAGGGCUUGCUAAGCGAGCAGAAACCCGUUGGCAGUGACCCAAAAGCUAUUGAAGUGGAACUUGCCAAACAUCAUGUGCUCCAAAAUGAUGUAUUAGCCCAUCAGUCCACAGUGGAAGCUGUUAAUAAAGCCGGAAGUGAUCUAAUUGAAUCAAGUGCAGGAGAAGAAGCAAGCAACCUUCAGCACAAACUAGAGGUUUUAAAUCAACGCUGGCAAAAUGUUUUGGAAAAAACAGAACAAAGGAAGCAGCAGCUGGAUGGUGCCUUGCGCCAGGCCAAAGGCUUCCGUGGAGAGAUUGAGGAUCUGCAGCAGUGGCUGACUGACACAGAGCGUCACCUGUUGGCGUCUAAGCCUCUGGGAGGUCUACCAGAAACAGCCAAGGAGCAGCUGAACGCCCACAUGGAAGUCUGUGCUGCGUUUGAUGUUAAAGAAGAAACAUAUAGGAGCCUGAUGCAGAAAGGCCAACAGAUGCUCGCAAGCUGCCCCAAAUCUGCAGAGACAAAUGUUGAUCAAGAUAUAAAUAACUUGAAAGAAAAAUGGGAAUCAGUGGAAACAAAACUCAACGAGAGGAAAAUUAAACUGGAAGAAGCCCUCAGCUUGGCAGUGCAGUUCCACGACUCCCUGCAGGACUUCAUCAGCUGGCUCACCCAGGCUGAGCAGACCCUGAAUGUGGCUUCCCGACCCAGUCUUAUCUUGGACACAGUCUUGUUUCAAAUUGAUGAGCACAGGGUCUUCGCCAAUGAAGUAAAUUCUCACCGCGAGCAGAUAGUAGAGCUGGAUAAAACUGGAACCCACCUGAAAUAUUUCAGUCAGAAACAAGAUGUUGUCCUAAUUAAGAACCUACUCAUCAGCGUACAGAGUCGGUGGGAAAAAGUAGUUCAGCGAUUGAUAGAAAGAGGAAGAUCAUUGGAUGACGCCAGGAAGAGAGCUAAGCAGUUCCACGAAGCAUGGAGUAAACUUAUGGAGUGGCUGGAAGAGUCCGAAAAUACUCUGGAUUCUGACCUGGAAAUUGCCAAUGAUCCAGACAAAAUAAAAGCACAGCUUGCACAGCAUAAGGAGUUUCAGAAAUCACUAGGAGCCAAGCAUUCUGUCUACGAUACCACCAACCGAACUGGACGUUCGCUGAAGGAGAAGACCUGCCUGGCUGAUGACAACCUGAAGCUGGAUGACAUGCUAAGUGAACUCAGAGACAAGUGGGACACCAUCUGUGGAAAGUCUGUGGAGAGACAAAACAAACUGGAAGAGGCACUGUUAUUCUCUGGACAAUUCACAGAUGCCCUGCAGGCCCUUAUUGAUUGGUUGUAUAGAGUUGAGCCCCAGCUGGCAGAAGACCAGCCUGUCCAUGGGGACAUUGAUUUGGUGAUGAAUCUGAUCGAUAACCACAAGGUCUUCCAAAAAGAGCUGGGGAAGAGGACCAGCAGUGUGCAGGCCCUGAAGCGCUCUGCCCGGGAACUUAUAGAAGGCAGCCGCGAUGACUCCUCCUGGGUCAAAGUCCAGAUGCAGGAGCUGAGCACGCGCUGGGAGACGGUGUGUGCGCUUUCUAUCUCAAAGCAGACGCGGCUAGAAGCAGCCCUGCGCCAGGCAGAAGAGUUCCACUCGGUGGUGCAUGCCCUCUUGGAGUGGCUGGCUGAGGCAGAGCAAACCCUGCGUUUCCAUGGUGUUCUCCCAGAUGAUGAAGAUGCUCUCCGAACUCUCAUUGACCAGCAUAAAGAAUUCAUGAAGAAACUAGAAGAAAAAAGAGCUGAACUCAAUAAAGCCACCAGCAUGGGUGAUGCCGUUUUGGCCAUCUGCCACCCCGAUUCCAUCACCACCAUUAAGCACUGGAUAACAAUCAUCCGGGCCAGGUUUGAGGAGGUGCUGGCCUGGGCAAAGCAGCAUCAGCAGAGGUUAGCAAGUGCUCUGGCUGGGCUCAUUGCUAAAAAGGAGUUGUUGGAAGCUUUGCUGUCAUGGCUGCAGUGGGCUGAAACUACACUCAGUGAGAAGGACAAAGAAGACAUCCCCUCGGAGAUCGAGGAGGUGAAGGCCCUCAUCGCAGAGCACCAGUCUUUCAUGGAGGAAAUGACCAGGAAGCAGCCCGAUGUGGAUAAAGUCACCAAGACCUAUAAGCGAAGAGGAGCUGACCCUCCCACCUUGCAGUCCCACAUUCCAGUCCUGGAUAAGGGACGAGCAGGAAGAAAACGCUUCCCAGCGUCCAGUUUAUAUCCCUCUGGAUCCCACACACAAAUUGAAACCAAGAAUCCCAGGGUAAACCUGCUGGUGAGCAAAUGGCAGCAAGUCUGGCUCCUUGCGUUGGAAAGGAGGAGGAAGCUCAAUGACGCCUUGGAUAGGCUGGAAGAGCUGAGGGAAUUUGCUAACUUUGAUUUUGAUAUUUGGCGCAAAAAAUACAUGCGGUGGAUGAAUCACAAGAAAUCUCGAGUGAUGGACUUCUUCAGGAGAAUUGAUAAAGAUCAGGAUGGGAAGAUCACCCGGCAAGAGUUUAUUGAUGGAAUUCUUUCCUCGAAAUUCCCAACCAGUCGCCUGGAGAUGAGUGCAGUUGCAGACAUCUUUGACAGAGAUGGUGAUGGAUACAUUGACUACUAUGAAUUUGUAGCAGCUCUUCACCCAAAUAAAGAUGCCUAUAAACCCAUUACAGACGCCGACAAAAUUGAAGAUGAGGUCACAAGGCAGGUAGCUAAGUGUAAAUGUGCAAAACGAUUUCAAGUUGAACAGAUUGGUGAUAACAAAUACAGGUUCUUCCUGGGAAAUCAGUUUGGAGACUCCCAGCAGCUGCGGCUGGUUCGGAUCCUGCGAAGCACUGUGAUGGUUCGCGUUGGAGGUGGAUGGAUGGCACUUGAUGAGUUCUUAGUGAAAAAUGAUCCUUGCAGGGUUCAUCAUCAUGGGAGUAAAAUGUUACGUUCGGAAUCAAACUCUUCAAUUACUACUACUCAGCCUACUAUAGCUAAAGGAAGGACCAACAUGGAACUGCGUGAGAAGUUCAUCUUGGCAGAUGGUGCCAGUCAGGGUAUGGCUCCCUUCCGACCCCGGGGCCGCAGAUCCCGGCCUUCCUCUCGGGGAGCUUCACCUAACAGAUCAACUUCUGUGUCCAGCCAGGCUGGUCAGGGGGCCUCCCCGCAGGUCCCUGCCACCACCACGCCCAAGAUUCUCCAUCCUUUAACACGCAAUUAUGGUAAACCAUGGUUGACAAACAGCAAAAUGUCAACUCCUUGUAAGCCAGCAGAGUGCCCAGACUUUGCCGUGUCAUCUGCAGAGGGAACACCAAUACAAGGCAGCAAGCUGCGACUUCCAGGGUACUUGUCAGGGAAAGGCUUCCACUCUGGGGAGGACAGUGGCUUGAUCACAACGGCAGCUGCCAGAGUGCGAACACAGUUUGCUGAUCCCAAGAGGACUCCCAGCCGACCCGGAAGCCGUGCAGGAAGCAAAGCUGGCAGCAGGGCCAGCAGCCGCAGAGGCAGUGAUGCGUCGGACUUUGACAUCUCGGAAAUCCAGUCUGUGUGUUCAGAUGUGGAGCCGGCCCCCCAGACACACAGACCUGCACCCCGAGCAGGUUCUCGGCCGUCCACAGGCAAGCCUUCCAAAAUCCCCACGCCUCAGAGGAGAUCACCUGCCAGCAGACUGGACAAGUCCUCCAAGAGAUAGUGCAGUCCUCUCCUCCGGGCCUUCCUUGAACAUUUAUUAUUUAAGUUUGAACAGUGUAAAGUAUGAUGUAGAAAUUAUUGUGAAAUAUCCCAAGAGAUGAGUUUAAAAUUCUGCAGAUGGCCUUAUCUGUGUAUAUGCCUUUUUAUUUGAUCUGUAUCAUUUUUGGUCAGAUAUUCUGGGGCUAAAGUCACAUCAUAUGUGACGGGGAAAAAAGAGUCUGAUGUGAGCUAACAUUUCUGCACCUAAUGUGUACACUAAACGUACACUCAAAUCAGUUACCAUACUACAGGUAAGUCUCUGUUCUCUCUGACAACCGCAGCACUACACUGAUAGCUGACACUAAAGACACCUCAUGAUGUAUUUGCUUGUUUUCUGUGGCAAUUCCAAACAACCAGAAGACACAGACCAAGGAUAUAUUUUAAGAUGAUUUAAAUGUAAAGUAAACUUGGAUGGCAGCAAGACAAACACAUCCACACGCAGUUCUUCAAGCAGUAUCUCACAGAGAACUCACAGGCGUCUACUUCAAGCACUUGCCGGUAUCAUGAUACUCUAGUAUGGGGCAGCGUUUCUGUGCCAUGGCUUUAAAGGAAGCCAACCGGAAGCAUCCUGGACACUAGGCCUAUUAUACUGUAAGAAUAUAAUCAUACAGUGCAGUCGUAUAAAUGUGAGGUUUUCUUUUGCUUGAGUGGACAGUAGCACCUGUAUCAUUGAACUCAUUUUGUAACAAAGCAAUUUUUGCUUGCAAAAAGCUAUAAAAUAAAAACAUGUCCCUUAACUACAUUGCUAUGGAAUUAAUUUUUUCCCCAGGGAAAAUUGGUAUUUUUUUUAUGAGCAGUAUCAAUUUGGAGUGACCAAUAGAUACUUUAGAAUGGGUUUAUUUUGAUUUCUCAUCUGAAAUAACCAUGUUCUGGUACUAUAUCUACCUAUAUUUAAUAAAUAUAUACAUUUUAAUUUAUUAUGUAUACUCACAUACUAUAGAAGAAUAUUAGUAUGCAUUUAAUAAAACAUAUUCACUUGAA